AUGAUUGCCCGGUCCUCAGCAUGGCUUCUCAGCCAGUUCGUCUCCAGUGCUCUCGCCAUAUCGUUCAAUGUGCCUGCCACUCCACCAGAGAAUGCAAGUAAACAGCUUAGUGCUGCCCCGGUCGGCGUAUCCCUCGAGUUCUUCACCUUCCCCGGCUACAUCAACGACGUCCCAGCGACAAGCACCUGCCUUGAGAAUCUAAAGGACUUGACAGGCACAUGGCCGCCGAUGAGAAUCGGGGGGACGACUCAAGACCGCGCCACAUACGACGCCGCGUCCACCGAGCCCGUCACGUACUCCGUCGACGACCCCGCCGAUGCGCCGCUGACACUCACCUACGGACCCUCGUUCAUCGCUCUCGCGUCGGAGUACGCCGGAAGCGUGGUGCUCGGCCUGAACCGCCGGCUCAACGACAUCGCGAACACGAUCAGCGCCGCGAGUCUGGCCGUAGCGGAGAUGGGCAACCUGCGGGCAAUUGAGCUGGGGAAUGAGCCGAACUUCUUCACAUCCUCCGACCCCAUCGCCCAAGGGUCCCCAUGGACUGCGUCCGCAGACUACGCAUCCCAGAUCUCCUGGCAGGACGCCGUUGCCGGGAACCUCUCGUCGACCGACCUCUUCUCUGCGGGCGUAUACUUCGGCACAGACCCCAUGAGCAUCGCCGAUCUCGCUGCGGAAGAAGUCGAGGCUGGCACGAACGGCUAUGUCAAGGAGUACUCGUCGCACAACUACCCGCAGUCGCAGAACACGGCGAACCUGGCGGCGCUCAUGAGCCAUUCCGGCAUCGCCGACAAUAUCGCGCCGUUUAGGGCUGAGAUUGAGGCGGCGGAUGCGGUGGGGAAGGGGCAUGUUUUUGGCGAGACGAAUUCGGCCACGCAAGGCGGAGGCGGCAUCAGCCCGACCUUCGGCGCGGCGCUGUGGAUCGUCGACUAUGUGAUGCAGCUCGUGAGCAUGGGGACUGAGGCCCUGUACUUCCACCAAGGCACAAUCGGCAACUGCCAGUACUGCUGGUGGGGGCGCUACACAACGGGCGCACCGUACUACGGCGCAUAUUUUGCGACCAUGGCUCUCGCGCACGCAGACCAGAUCGCCCCUCUAGACGACCAGUCGUCUUCCCUUGCAGCGUACGCCAUUUACCAGGGUGGUUCUCCGGUCAAGGUCCUGCUGUAUAAUUCGGCGUAUUAUACUAGUGGGACGAGACCAAGCGAGACGUUUACGUUGACGGGGUUGGCUUCGUCGACGGUUACUGCGAAACGCCUGACGGCGCCGUAUUCGACGUCUCGGGUUGAUCGGGGGGAGUCGCCGACUGUUGCGGGGCAGACAUUUGGGAAUGGGGAUUGUGGUGUUCUGGGGGAGGAGGUUGUUGAGAGUGUUGAUGUGCAGGGGGGUCAGGCGAGCUUUACGGUUGGGGCUUCGGAGGCGUUGUUGGUUUAUCUGUAG